AUGAUUGCAUCGCCGACGGAACGACGCGUUGGAGGCUCUCCAUUGGGAGAGGUUGCGCACGAAGUUCCCGUCGAUACGGGAUUCCCCGUGAUCGCAUAUUGUCGAUCGACUCGGGGCCUCCGGCUCAACUGGAACAGCCACAAGACCAGCCUUUGCGGUCAAAUGGGCACCAUUUGCGUUACCGCGUGUGCGCUACUCAUGGGCGCCCUCCUUCCAGCGGUGGCGGCCUUGGAUGCUCGUUCAUCAGAUGGAUUCACGUACAUGCCACUGUUUGACGAAGCCAAGGGCUCGCUGACUGUGCCAGAUGGGAGAGCCCCAUACAUGGCAUCCAUCAAAAGGGCUGGAUGCCAUGAGCACGUCUGCAGCGGCGUGCUGGUGAGGAAGCAGUGGGUUCUGACUCCCGCGCACUGCGUGGACCCCAAGUCGGCGUACAGCGCUGGCAAAAAGCCCAUCGUCCACCUCAACGACAGCAGCGCCGGAGAGGCCGCGGCGAGGGAAGGCGAGGGCCACAUAGUGAUCGAGUCAAUUGUGCAUGAGGAUUGGGAUGGAAAUCAGAGGUCGCCCUACAAUGUAGCCUUGUUGAAAUUGCCUGAAGUCCCUGAGCAAGAUAGCAGAAAAGUGCCCCAGAUACUGGAGAACCACUUUACACCUGCGACUGGUCAGAAAUUAGUGGCACUGGGAUAUGGUCCAAGUGGGGAUGCUGUGCAGAUGGGCUCGGAAAUAUUUGGCACCCUAAAAAUGGAGCAAAAGCAGUACAUAGCUUCGGAGCAAUGCAAUCGGAAGCAAUUGUGGGAUGGUGAAGUGCCAGAGGACUUGCCUUGUGGAAUGAACAACCGACAGAGGGCGUCCUGCACUGUUGACAGUGGAUCUCCGCUCCUGCUUGCGGACCUGCCAAAAAACAUUGUCAACCUGGGGAAGCCUGAAUUGGACAUCCUGGUGGGCAUCAAUCUGGAUGGCGCAAGUUGUGGGUCGCCAGGCAAGCCAGACAUCUACACUGAUAUGCGAAAGCUGGGUGCUUGGGUGCUCCAGAAGACUGCCUUACAAUGA